CGCCGAGCUUCCGCUGAGUGUAGCGGCGCGGGAGCAGCGAGGGCCGGCAGCCGGAGCCACCGCAGCGCGCGCCCGCCUGUCCGCCUCCCCAGCCCGGGACUGAACGCCGGUAAGAGGCCCCGGACCCCUGCGCCGCCGCCUCGGUAGCGCUGUCCGAGGCCCGUAGCCGAGUGCAGGCCCCGGCUGGACCUGGGGAAAGCAUCCUGCAGCGCGGUGGGAGCUGACAGUCAUUUUCUUCCCGCGAAGAAUUUUUAAACGAGCAGGUUGCUAGAGGAAAAAAAAUGGCCACUGGUCGUUCACCAUGUUUCUACAUAGAAGAACUUAAUAAAUACCAACAAAAGAACUGUGUAGAAGUUAGGUAUUGUGAACUGGCUAAGACAGGACUUCCACAUAAUUAUAGGUUUACAUAUCAAGUUAUAAUAGAUGAGAAAGAAUAUCCAAAGGCUGAAGGUAAAUCAAAGAAGGAAGCCAGAAAUGCUGCAGCCAAAUUAGCUUUGGAAAUAAUUAAUAAAGACCGUAAGUCAGUUACUUUUUCAUCUCAGCUGAGAACAAAUAUUCCAGAAAGACCGCCCAUUGAGAAUUACAUAGGCCGUCUUAAUACGAUCUCCCAGAAGAAAAACCUAUGUGUAACUUAUGAAGAAUGUAAAUCAAAGGGUGAUGGGCGCGAAGGGUUUUAUUAUAUAUGCAAAAUUGGACAAGAAGAAUAUGGUAGUGGUGUGGGUUCCACUAAACAGGAGGCAAAACAGUUGGCUGCCAAACUGGCUUAUGAAAAGAUAGAAUCAGAAACAAUGAGAACUGACCAGUCCUCUAAUUGUUUCAAUACCGCGUGUGGGGAUGUUGAAAGAAGCUCUCCAGCAGUGAGUACAUCUAGUUCUGAAUCACCAUCUGAAAAUGGCUUCUCAACAACUGCAUCAGAAAGAAGUGAUAAUAACGGUGUCACAUUAAACAGCUCUUCCGUGUCUCCAGGGGACGGUUCCAGAAAUAAUUCCAGGAAGGUGAAGAGAAGUUUGGCGCCUACAUUUGCCUCUCCUGUGAGGACCAAAGAGAACACUUACAGCGUGGACUGCAGGUUGGUCAAGGAUUUCACAGAAAUAACACCAAUUGGCUCAGGUGGAUUUGGCCAAGUUUUCAAAGCCGAACACAGAAUUGAUAAGAAGACUUACGUUAUUAAAUGUGUUAAAUAUAAUAAUGAGAAGGUAGAGCGUGAAGUGAAAGUUUUGGCAAAACUUAAUCAUCCAAAUAUUGUUCACUACCACAGUUGCUGGGACGGGGUUGAUUAUGAUCCUGAGGAAAGCUUAAAUUCUUCAAGUGAAUUUUAUCGCAGAUCAAAGACUAAGUGCCUUUUCAUCCAAAUGGAAUAUUGUGAUAAAGGUACAUUGGCGGAAUGGAUUGACAAAAGAAGAGGCAAGGAUCCAGACAAACUUUUGGCUUUGGAAUUCUUUCAACAAAUAACAAUAGGAGUGCAUUAUAUACAUUCAGAACAGUUAAUUCACAGAGACCUUAAGCCAAGUAACAUAUUUUUAGUAUCUGCGAACCACAUCAAGAUUGGAGACUUUGGACUUGUCACAUACCUGAAAAAUGAUGAAAUGCGGACAAGUAAAAAGGGAACUUUACGGUACAUGAGCCCAGAACAGCUUGAUUCUGUGAAAGACUAUGGAAAUGAAGUGGACAUCUAUGCUUUGGGGCUGAUUCUUGCAGAACUUCUUCAUAUAUGUCCCACUUCUUACGAAACAGGGAAGUUAUUUGAAGAUCUAAGGAGAGGCAAAUUAGAUGUAUUUGACGACAAAGAAAAAGAUCUUCUAAAGAAAUUACUCUCAGUGGACCCCAAGAAACGACCUACCACAUCUGAGAUACUGAAGACUUUGAGGGAGUGGAAUAAUGUUACAGAAAAAAAGAAACGAAACACAUGUUAGAUACUUAAAAAAGUAUCCUGCUUCUGAUAAUUCCAUUUUCCUGUAACUUUCUAAAUUCUGCUUGGGAAUAUUGAUGGUAUUUAUCUUCUAUUUUCAUUUUUUCUCUUAAUUUUUUUUUGCCACGUUUGAAGAAAGGUUUACAUUUUUUCUUACUUCAGAAACAUUCUUACGUUUGACUUUCCCAUGGAUCAUCUUCUUAUUAUGAAAAUACCAAAAGAAUCCCUCAAAUUUUCUUUUUAAUACCAAUCAGUGAAUCAAUUAAUUAAUGAAUAUUUAUUAAAUGCCUAAUGUUUCUAGGCAAAAAUAGUAUCAGAUCUAUCUCUGUCUUAAAUAGCUAACAAUCUAGUAGGAGAAUAUGGUGAUCCAUGAAAAAAUAAGCAAAAAAGAUAAGUAAUCGCUUAUAAUCACUUAUAAUCGCUUCUGAAAGCAAUCUGGUAUCAUCUAGCAAACUUAAAUGUGUACAUCCUUUCCUGAGAAGCUAUCAGUUCCAUUGCUACAUACACACCGACAAGAAUGUUCAUGGAAACCCUGUUCAUAACAGCCAGAAGAAUAGGAGACAGGGCUAAUGUGCACCAGAAGAGAGGAUGCACAAGCGGUGUUAUACUCACACACUAGAAUACUGUAUGUGUAGCGUGAAAAUGAAGGGAUGUCAGCUGAACCCACUAACAUGACAAAUCUCUCAGGAACAUGUGUUAAGGGAACAAAGCAGAAACUAUACACGGAAUGAUUCCAUUAACAUAAAGCUAAAAGAAUAGGCUAAGUGGAAUAGGUGUGAAACGAGUGUGUUCAGGUAUCCAAACGAAUGUGGUAAACAAAACAGGGAAGGAAGGGAGUGAGAACGAUUAUUAGAUUCUGACAGUGAUUUUCUCUGAGGAGGGACAGGAGAGAUUUCAGAGUUAACAGUUGAUUUUUUUUCUUACACUGCAUGUUGAGUCCACUAGUGUUUACCGCAUAAUUAUUUUACUUCUCUUAAAUAUAUUUUGUACAUGUUCUAACAGACACUUUAAAGAGAUGAUAAUUGUGCUGUAAGACAAUAGCUGAGCACAGAAAACAGUCAGUCUGGAAGGGUGAGAUCACAUACCGAGGAACCCUGGCAAGCUUAGAAGUGACGUUCCAGUGAGACUUCCAAGUCUGUGAAGGAUUGAGACGAAUAGAGAGCAGACCACGUGAGGAGCCUGGACAAAGGGCCUGGGAUGCAUCCUGGAAAAGACAGAUUUGAGAAAUUGGGUGUACUAGUUUGGUUCUGUGAAUUGCUGUUGGAACGUGCUUAGUUGCUCUGUUGUGUCCAUCUCUUUGUGACCCCGUGGACUGUAGCCCGCCAGGCUCCUCUGUCUGUGGAAUCUUCUAGGCCAGAAUGUUGGAGUGGGUUGCCAUUUCCUCACUCAGAGGAUCAUCCUUACCCAGGGAUUGCACCUGCGUUUCCUGUAUCUCCUGCCUUGGCCACCUGGGCCAGAACAUAAUUAAGGCGGCAUCUUGGAAGAACUUGAGGGUUACUUUAAGCUUUGUAGUAACCAGCUGCCUUCCCAGGUGGCGCAGUGGGAAAGAAUCCGCCUUCCAAGGCAGGAGAAGCAGGAGAGGUGGGUGCGAUCCCUGGGUGGGGAAGAUCCCCUGGA